GAGGAGCACACAAGAGCACGGUGAAAAAAACAUCUCAAGUUCUGACCUUCAAAAUGACCAUCGGCCAGAGGAAGUCCUUCGUGCGCAGCUCCAUCAGAGCAACCAAGUUUUUAGACAAAGCCAGUGGGUUCUAUGGCCGCCUGGAUGAACCGGAGAUCCCAACAGUGGUAGAAGAUCUGAAGGUGGAGUUCUUCUGUGGAGCUUUGGAAGAGGUAGAGAUGUUUAACGAGGAUGAUGGUGAGAUGUUACUGAGAAGGAAGCCUAGCAGAUGUAGCAGCAGGUGGAGGAAUCUGCGGGGGAAGGAGAGCAAGGAGGAGAGGAAACAAAGUGAGGAGGAGAGAAGACAAGGGAGCCAGGAGAUCACAGAGGUCAUGAUCCAGGUGCAGCUGUAUACUGAGGAGAGGGAGCCGGCUGUGGUGCACUUUGCCAUCCCAGAGGUGGCAGAUGACAAAGUGCUGAUCAUGGACAAAGCUGAACAGGAGGUGCGGGAGCAGCCAGAGGAGCAAAUGCCAGAGGAGGAGAGGCAGAGUAGGGAGCAGGAGGAGGGCUUCAAGGCUCUGAAGAAGAAGAGUAGCAAAAACUACCACAAGGCCCUGGACCGAGCGUUCCGUCGUGGUUGGGAGGCCUUCAUCACUAACCUAUACAGUGUCACCCUCAUUUCCUCCUCUGACUCCUCCCCCUCCUCACCUUCACUUAAGAAGAGACAGCACAGCAGUGUCCGAGCAGAGAUGCAUUGACUGGGAUUGUGGUCACUCUGGGUCAUGACAGUCUUCCUUAAACCAAGAGAGAAUCCAGAGAUAAAGCAUGGGAGGAUGGGGUGGCACAGUGACGUCUACUCGCCUGGAGGAUUGAGAGUCGCUACUUUAAUAA